AUGGCAGCGGCCUCCACAGACUCCGGCCAGGGCGCCACCAAGAUCACCCCCGAAGCGCUGCAGGAGAUGCUGCGCUACUAUAACCUGAGCCGCCGGGAGUUCAUCAACACCUACAACAUCCAGCCGCUCGUCUACAUCCCCGAGUUGCCGUACAGCGCCAAGACCACCUUCGUGAUCAUGUACGCGGUGAUCUUCGUGCUGGCGCUCGCGGGGAACACGCUGGUCAUCUACAUAGUGGUGAAGAAACGUGCGAUCCACACGGCGACGGAUAUCUUCAUCUGCUCCCUGGCGGUCAGCGACCUGCUCAUCACUUUCUUCUGCGUCCCUUUCACCCUGCUGCAGAACAUCUCCUCGGAGUGGUUCGGAGGGGUUCUGGUUUGCAAGACGGUUCCCUUUGUACAGACUACAGCCAUAGUGACCGGCAUCCUCACAAUGACCUGCAUUGCCAUUGAGAGAUACCAGGGCAUUGUCUUUCCCCUGAAGAUGAGGAGGCAGCUCUCGUCCAAACGAGCAUACAAGAUGCUAGGAAUCGUAUGGAUUGCCUCGGUGAUCGUGGGCUCACCAAUGCUGUUUGUGCAGCAGCUAGAGGUGAAGUACGACUUCUUGUACGACCAUUACCACGUGUGCUGUCAGGAGAGUUGGCACUCUGUGACCCACCGGCAGACGUACACCACCUUCAUCAUGGUGGCUCUGUUCCUGCUCCCCUUGGCCGCCAUGCUGUUCCUCUACACGCGCAUCGGGAUCGAGCUGUGGAUCCGCAACAGGGUGGGCGACUCCUCGGUCCUCAACACCAUGAACCACAGGGAGAUCAGCAAGAUCUCUAGGAAAAAGAAAAGAGCGGCCAAAAUGAUGAUCACCAUCGUCCUGUUGUUCACGAUUUGCUGGGCACCGUUCCACACGGUCCACAUGCUGUUUGAGUACUAUGACCUGGAGAAGAAAUACGACGGAGUCACCAUCAGCAUGAUCAUCGCUGUGGUUCAGGCCAUCGGGUUCUUCAACAGCUUCAACAAUCCCAUUGUGUACGCCUUCAUGAACGAGAACUUCAAGAAGAGCUGCAUCUCCACCCUCUCCCAGUGCGUCAGGAAGCACAACCAGCAGGGCGGCGCCGUGGUGGCUCCUAAAGUCAGCGUGAAGUUCGUCAAACCCCAAAGCAGGGAGGCGUUCGCAGAUUCGCAGGCAGGACACAGCUCGAACCAGACCUCCAAGGACAAAGGCCCCUCGAAUGCACUGCACAGAGACCGCGCCCUGGAAGUGAUAGUAGAAAAGAUCUCCACCGUCCAAACUGAGCUGCCUGCCAACAGCUCCUCCCAGGUCAAAUGAGGAGGACGUGGCUUCGAAAGCGCACAAUUUUCAGCUGUUGAGCUCCACAAUCCUUCUCUGCUGUCGGUUCACCUGCACAGGACAGUCUCACCGUUGUGGUUCAAACACACACACAAAAAAUUGCACCAGCUUGAAAGCACAUCUCUGCAGCACCAGAGAUUGUUCUGUUAUUAUUCUGGUCAGGCAACAGAGGAGCAGAGGAAAUGAUGGCAUUCUGAGGAGAGGUGGUUUCACUCUGAGAACGUCCCUGGCAGCAGUGAGGAGCAGCGGUCACCCACCGGAACACCGGGGGGGGGGGGGGGAACCGUGUCAUGAAUUCAAAUCAGUGGAGGUUUCUAUUAUCUGCAGGAAGCUCCGUCUCACUUGGUGAACAUUUAAUAUAGUGGAGGAGGGAACUGUGUUCAUUGUUAUUCCAAAUCUGCAAAACCGCUUUUUCCCCACGUCAGUAUAACAGAGCAAACUGUUUAGAAAUGAUAACAAAGAAGCACAGCCAUGGUUUCAGAAGCAAAGGAGAUAAAUAUGGAUGAAACCUCUGAAUGUUUUGCUACUAGAUUUGCAUUUGUUCAAAUUGUAGACUUUGUUUAUGUGCCCUUUUCCCACAAACACAAUGGUGCUUUACACUAUGAACCACGUUCUAAGCACUUCUCUAUCACCCAUCCAGCCUGUUCACAUACUGACAGAAAAGCCCCAGGACACUACCCACGACAUGCAGAGUGGAGGAGCCGGGGAUCGAACCACUGACUCACCGAUUUAAACGACAACCUGCUCUACCACCUGACUCAAAGCCCCGAGUUCAAAUCAGAUAUUCAGCACCACAGAGUUGGACGUGUGGGUCGGUGCAAUGCUGCGGGCGUUUUACCAGACCCUGUAGUGAGGAAGGAGAUAAGCCGCGAGGCAAAGCUUUCAAUUUACCGAUUGAUCCACGUUCCAAACCCUCACCAGGGUUCACGAGCUGUGGGUGGUGAACGAAAGAACGAAUUAAAAAAUUUUUUUAAAAAAGUGGCCGAAAUUAGCCUUAAAGAUAGAGUGAGGAGUUUACAAAUCCAGAGGGAGUUCGAAAUAGAACCGCUGCUCUUUCAUGUCGAAACACAAAGACAAGAAGCGGAAGACAACGGAUGGAUGAAUGGAAUCAGCUCAAUUCAGGGUCGAUCAGUACAAACCUUUAUUUCAAUGAUGACAAUCUUUCUUUGCUCUUGAAAUCCUCUGAGCUGCCGGAACUCCGACCUGAUGAUGAAACCACUGUUAUUGAAACAAACUCUGCCUUGUACUUUGGUUUCAUCCAACAGCUGUGAUGAAUUAAUGAUUCAUGUAUGUGACGUUAUAUCAACAGUUUUUAAGAAGGUUCAUGUUUUACCAUAUUAUUGUUCAGACUUUUGCAGAACAAACUCGACAUGACAAAGCUUGACAGUGGCUGUUAUGACGUUACAAUACAAAAACCUAAUUUAAUUCUGACAGUUUACAUCAGUUCAUACUGAUUUAUAGGAUUUAUAAUAGAUAUCAUUUAUAGAUCUGAACCUUUAAAUGUGGCUUCUGGUGUCACAUGUAAACACACAGGGAGCAAACCCGGUUUGAUUUGAAUGUGUUAACGAUGCUGUGGAAUGGUUUUGUGUCGAUGUCUUAGACAGUUUAGUGAAUGUUAUCGUUUUUUUUCGUCAUAACGUUUAUUAAAUGCUCCUGUAAUGACGUGUUUGGUAAUGACGGAGUGGAUUUUACCCACAGGCCUGUGCAGGUCGCAAUGAAUGUAUAAAAAUGUUCCGAGUGCAUAUCUCAGAGAUUGUGCGUACAUGUAUAUUUUGCGCCCCAAAAUCUUGAUACAUUCAAUUUUACAUGAAAUAAAGACAUCUAUUUAUUUGUAUCUAUCUAUAAACCAAAAUUGUAUUUUCAUUAAAGGUUUGCAUUCAAAUGGGGCCUUUUAAAAGUUACAGAUUUUUCAACUAAAUUUUUUUAUGAGGAAAGAACUAUACGAUGGUUAAGGAUAAGUUGAUGCUUUACUUUUUAUUCUCUGAAAAAUGUCAAUUUUUUUGGUCUAUUCUUAUUGAUCAUUUUAAACAGCUAAAAGUGACUCUUACUACUGAAUUAAUAUUUCCA